CAUAAUGUGUUGAAUGCUCAGGAGGCAAUAGGUGAACGUGGAUCUAUCAAGGAAUGAAUUAUUUGGAUUUUUAGUCGACGAUUAAAUAUUGUUGGCCAUGGACGCGUGCUUUACCGCAUUCGAUAAGGACAGCGAUGAUUUACUGUCUUUAACGGAAUUCACUCUGAUAUGCCGAGCAUUAUUUCGAAAUGACAAAGGUCAUAUUUACGUAGUUCCGGAUGAUCAACUAAAACAAAUAUUUUCGGUUUUUGAUAAAAACGCCGAUGGAUUCAUUGAUCGUAAUGAAUUUCAAUUUUGCUGGAACCAUUGGAUUAAAACGAUUGUGCGACCUGUGAAUGCAUUUCUUGUAAUCGAUGUGCAAAAUGAUUUCAUUAGCGGAUCUUUGAAUAUAAGCAAUUGCAGCGCUCAACACAACGGUCAUGAAAUUAUUGAUCCCAUAAAUAAUUUGCUGAACACCAUUGAUUUUGACGCAGUGUUUUAUUCAUUGGAUUGGCAUCCGAGUGAUCAUAUCUCUUUUGUUGAUAAUAUAAAAACUCGUCCAUUGCAUGAGAGCAGUCCACUCGAUGCUGAUUCAGCGCAAGUAUUUGAUACCGUCGUCUUCGAAGGUCCACCAACAAUAAAACAACGACUCUGGCCACGUCAUUGUGUACAAGAUUCAUGGGGAAGCGAAUUGCACAAGGAUCUUAAAAUUGUUGAAAAUUCCGUUAAAGUAUAUAAAGGCACAAAUCCGGAGAUUGAUUCGUAUUCGGUAUUCUGGGAUAAUGCAAAAAUGUCGGAAACAACACUCAAUGCCCAAUUAAAAAUGAAAGGAAUCACGGAUAUAUAUGUCUGCGGAUUGGCGUACGAUGUGUGCGUUGGUGCAACAGCAGUUGAUGCCAUUUCCAGUGGUUAUCGAACGAUUUUAUUGGACGAUUGUUGCCGUGGCGUUGAUUUGAAAGACAUUGAAUGCGUUAAAGAGAAGGUGGUUUCAACGAACGGAGUCAUUGUGACUUCCAAAGAUGUCAAGGCAAUGGUCGAAGGUAGAGAUCGGCGUCCAGAGCUUGGUUACAAACUGGCAAUGGAAUUAAGCAAUAUAAAUUCGGAUCUUUCACAGAGAACAAACACUCGGCGACAGCAACCAUAGUUAUAAUGCGAAUUGAAAAAUAAUAAUUGUGGCUUUUGCUAUGUAAUGUAUUUAGUCAUUGAAUAACAAAUUAGAAUUGCUGCAGUAUAUCAUAUCAUGAUAUUAUAUAGCUGUAGUUUGUAUAGUACCUAUAGUGAUUGCUAAUUGCAUUUAUUCAUAGUAUUUCCAAUGCAUUUUAAAUUUAAAUUAUCGAUUUUAAAUUAAGCUAAUUUCUAGUUGAAAAUAAAAGCUUAAUGCAUCUAUGGUUUCUAAUCCCUACGUAGCCCGAUCAUGCACGAUUUAUUUUUGUACGGCAGACGAUGUCCACGAUCUCGUACUUCUAUUUGCUUGGACAUUGAUCUAUGGACGAUUUUGAAAAGAUCGUACAUAAUUGGUUGCUUGGGUUAACGGAACUUUAAAGGCAUUAUUUUCCUUGCGUAGAAUUGUGAUCGUAGACAUAUUGUUCCUUUGGAAACUUAAAAUUUUCCACCAUGGACCAAAAUUAUACGUUUGUCUAGUAAGUUGAUUUAACCUUGAAUUUCUACUGUUUCUAUGAUUCAUGGUGAAAAAAAAAUACACAUAAAAAAUCGAAUACAAUUAGAAAAAUCGUCCAGAGAUUCACUAUUGGAUGCGAUUACAGUGAUGCGCAUUUGAAAUAACACCUUUAAUUCAAGCAAUAAUUUUCUAAUAAUUAUGCGUGAUGAGAUUUAUUAAAGGACUC